UGUAUGAGGGUCUGGGGAAUACAUGUGCGGUGAUGGGUCUGCUGGGCGUGGUCUGUGCUGGGAAUUGUGGGAGUGACAUGAUGGUUUAGUGAGCACUGCGAGGUGGUCACUUGGCACGUUCUGGUAUUUGGUGACCAUGUCUUCUGCAGGAUGGCUGAUUCCGCUGAGGGAGACCUAGAAGCUGCUACAAUGUCCAAGAAGGUAGAUGACAGUGAGCUGCAAACACUCACUCUCUCUCCCACCAACACUAACGAUGAUGAGUCCUCCCCCUUCAUUAAUCCAGCCAGUGAUGAGACAGCCUUCCCCAUCAGCCCUCCACCAUCCUACUCCUCCGUGACCACCUCAAGCAGCACUCUGACUGGGGAGAAAAGGAAGCUGGAGAGGAUGGUGAGUGCUCCAAGUGGCAGCUGCAGCAAGCCAGUCCCAGCACUGCGGGUAUCCACUCCACCUGGCUCCUCCCGCAUCACCUACACUAAUGAACGGGCGAAUGAGAGGAAGAUGGACCUUAGCAAGAUUAUCCGAGAGCGUCCAACUCCCAGUGCUUCUAUCGGACAGAAGAAAGCCGCCCAGCACCCACCAGACACCCCAAGGUACAAGGACCACUCAGCAAGUCCAGGUAUGAAGGGGUUAGUAGUUAAUGCUCCAAACAGGAAGGCCGUCAACCUCCCCUGGGUGCGCUCUCCACCGCCUCCGCCUCCCAUAGAGACACAGGUGGGGCAGAAACCCUCCACCAGCGGCACAGACGUCACUCCGUCUGGCGACCACUUCACCUUUGCAAGCUCCACCCCGGUGAGUCCCAUGCCCCUGCUGCCUAUGCCUCCUGGCCGGGGCACCCCUAGCACGGUGAGGAGUGAUGCCUCUAGGGCAUGGCUGAGCAGGUCAGGGAUGCGGUCAGGGCUGCGGUACAGGACGGGUCUGGAUGCCCGGAAGAUGGAUCGGCCUGUUCAACAUCACACCUUCCUGGCAGAUGUGGCGGAUGUGCGGCAGAUUGAGCAGGGACUCUUGCAGCUCAUGGAAGACUUCCAGGCCGGCAGUCUGCGGGCUUUUGGGAAGGACUCGCGGCUGAGGCAGAUGGAGGCCAUACGGGAGCAGCAGGAACGCUUGGCACGGCUGCACUUCGAUGUUGGAGCGGAGCAGGACCUUUACCCUCCACUGUCUGAGGAAGGACUGAGGGCUUCCCACAACAACAUGCACACUCUUAUGGAGAAACUGGCACAGCUCUCAGAAUCCAUCGAGCGUCUCCACACGAACACCAGCAGCAGUGAGAGGAAGAGUGCCCCCAGCCACAUCUUUGCCCAGUGGAGUAGCACCGACUCCCCUCCCAAGGCUCAUCACCACCACCACCACCAUCACCAUGGCCACCACCACCACGGUCACCACCAUCACGGCCACCACCAUGGUCACCACCACCACCAUCACCACCAUAGCAGUCACAACACCUCCAAUAAUAACGCUACCUCCACGUUAACAGAGUCACUGAGUAGCUCCCAGCAGACCACCCCUACCAACACACACAAUGCCACUAGUAACUCUCCUGCCCCACCCACCUCUGCUCCCCACCACCACAAUGCCAGCCCAGCCUCCUCUCGUCUGUCCCAGGGUCAGCCUCCUGUGCCCCUCAGACUGAAGGGAACCAAUGGUAGUCCCUUCAGUGGCACAGCAAAAGCAGGGAAAGUUGGAGAUUCCUGAUAGAUGCUUCUGUGCAGUGGUAAAGUCAGUUGUGUCAUGGUAUGUGGCUAAUAGUCUGGCUUUAGGGGAGUGACAAAUUCUCUGUUCAUAUUCCAAAAAUAGCAAAAGUUUUUCCCCACUAUUUCUCAUCUUCAUUCUCGCUCAGUGUAUGUUUCUUUUUAUAUACCGUGAAGUGUAAGGAAGAUAUAUUAACCUUUGCUAAAGUUGUUGGUUAUAUAAAGAUAAAAUAGUUAGCCUUUGAGAAAUAUAAUAGCUAUAUUUUUAUUGAAAGUACUAUACACACUAUUAUUAGUGCUGCGUGGUUUGGUAGAUCUUGGGACCCAUUGUGAGGACCAAGUGUGGCCCAUAGGGUAGUGUUUCCCUUGAGGAAAGAGGAAAGAAAGGUGGAAAGACUUGUUCCUGGUGGAGGUGUGUUGGCAUCUUGGCAUAUUGCUCAGGCUGCCAUCCAUCCAUCCAUCCACUCACUGGGAGACAGACUACAUGAUCAGUUGUAGCCAUGAAUGAAGGCCAAGUAAGCUUCUGACUUACUCCUUUUGUGUUUAGUGCCAUUGAGUUUUCUCCUUUGGUGACAAACUCCCCGAGAAUGAGUCCUGUUAGAUUCCUAACAGUGUUGAGAUAAAACACACAGCACAAUGGGAGCAAGUGUGAUGCAUUAACUGACCUUUGUCCAGUAGUGUGCCCCUUAUCACCAUUUACAUCUUCACCCAUAAUGCUAUUCUGUGCUGAAACACUGUAUCCAUCUAUUUAGUUUAGUGAGGGGACUGCAGUGUUAUUGACCUGUGUGGGAUUUAAAGGCAGGUUCUCUCUCUCUCUUUUGUGUACCGGUGAAUCUGCUGCUGCUUUUCCUUGGUGACUUGAGACUUGAAGUGUUGGCUGUCAAGUAUGUGAUGCUUGUGUUAAGUAUUAAUAUAGAUUUAUUCUGUUAAAUUGCAUUUGUUUUCUGUUAAUCAUAUUUAUCAUUAAUGAACAUUGGGCAGUGUUCUGUGUAUAUUGAUAUUUGCUACUAUAUAUACAUUAUCAGAUUUGUUUUUGUUAUUGUAUGAAGUUUAUAAUUUGCUUAGCAGUGAGAGUAUUGUAUUUGCAAGACAUUUCAUUCCAUAUGUUGCAUUUAUAGAGGGCUGUGGUGUCAGAUUAAGGCUCGAGUCGGGACUAAGGAUGCAUGUCUGAUAGUUGUGAAGGGUGUCACUAAGAGGGUUCCCUACCAGAUCUUUUCCUUCAGGUGGUGAUGGGGUCUUUAAGUGAUAAGUGAGUUGUUGGCAUCUUAUGUACUGUGUCAUAUAUUUCCCUCGAUAUCAAUCCUCUAAACAAUUUAGUUGCAUUUUCUCAAGCCAGCAAACAUUAUUGACUCAAGCUGAUCAUGAAUACUUUCUCUACAGGUUUCACUAUGCCUGCUUAUAUCAUGUUUGUCAUUGUUUACUAUCCAUAGAGGCUCUUUUUUCUCUCCUGAGCAUUGUUGUGUUGUGGUGAAGCAGGUUUUGCAGAGAUUGGUGAAGUGGAUUGAUCUAGUCAUUAGCAGGAGUGAUCUGGUCAACAUAGAAAUUUUGUCCACUAGUCUGUAUGUUUAUGAAUGGAGUUAUUGGACCAAGAUCAGACAAGUAAAGGGAGAAGUUGGUAGGAAAACUAAAGGUGAAUGAAGAGUACUAUAUAUUCUCUAAGAUUUCUACAAAAGGUUGUCUUCACAUAGAAUGUAAUAGAAAUACCUAAGUAAUUUAAUAUUAGAGUCUACUAUUUAUAUGUUAGAGAAUAUGUGUAGUACUAUUUCACCCUCAGUUUUCUAUCGUCCUUCUCACUGGUUUGUCUCCUCAGUAUCCAGUGUAUUGCAUAUGUUAUAUCAAAAUGUUGGAGUAAUCUUAGGUGCACCAUGUUUGAAGUUUUUAUGUAUGGUAAAUGUAGUUAUGCAUUUAUCAACAAAGGGAAGUGUCUGUCCUGAAGUCUUUCCUGUUUUCAUGAAGACACAUUGGUUAUUUUAAGAUGUUAUUGUAUUUGAUUUUUUUAUGAAUCCCUUUGAAGAGGAAAUAAAAAUGCCUUAUGUAGCGAGAGGGA